GAAUUGUUUUGUUUGUAAACAUUAGGCAAUCAAUUGGUUGUCAAAUAUAUUGAUUGAUUCAAUCAUUAGUGAUAUAUCAGUGAAUUGAGUCCACAAAAUGAGUGCAAACGAGACCAUCAAAGACACGGAUAACGAGUCAACAAUAAGUCCUUUGAGUGCUAAUGAAGACCAGUUCGGCAACGAUUUGAUCACUUCUUCAUACAAUGAGAUCUCCUUCUCUGAUCAAAGCGAUGACCAAACAGACGGCGAAGCGGCCGAAGAUCUCGAAUACUGUGAUAGUGACCAACAAAAGAGUGAUAAAAAGUUAUCAUCGAGUUUAUCGUUACCACAAUUGUCUUCAUCGAUCAUUAAAUGGACGGAACAAACAAAAGCCAGUUAUGAAACGGAAAACUUGCGGCCAAAUGUCACCUAUGGAUCAGAUCCUAACGAAACUCCCGAUUAUGUUUCAUAUGACGGAGAUAUGGUGUCAUACGUUACACAAGAUUUACACCAAAAGAUUAAACACAGCUCUUCUUCGCCAUCUUUCGAUGACAAUUUAUCUCAACAGACGUCUACAGGAAUUGAAUUCAAAUUAUUAAAUGAUUUGGAAAAACAAUCAAAACAUUUGUCUAAUAAUAUCAGUUCAAUGUUAAGACAUAUCUAUGAAUCAACACAUAAUAUUACAUCCCUAACUGUUGAAUGUAUUUCUACUUACGAGACAAGUCUUAAUAAGACUUGUGAUGUCAUUGACGCUAAUAUUAAGUCAAUGUAUCAGUUGAUGGCUAAAUGCGAAGAAUUAAAUCAAUCAAUGAAACCAAUAACUAAAUUAACUGAAGAAUUGAAAGAAGUUAAACGUUUGUUAGAAUUAUUUGAAAAAACGGUCGACUAUAGGAUGUGA